AUGCAAGUUGCAUUUGCCCAGUCAAAUCUGGCAGGACGUGCCAAGACUUGGGCACUGGGGCUCAAGCUGCACGACCCAUACGCGUUUGGGUCGUUGGAAGUCUUCAAGUCGCGGCUCAGACAAACGUUUGAACCGCCUAGAGCUGAGUUCAGAGCUCGAACCGAACUCUUGAAGCUCAAGCAGGGUAAGCGUGAUGUGCACGCUUACGCUCAACAUAUACGACAUCUCACGAGUUGUAUAAGUUCCAAUCCGGUGGAUGGACACACGUUGGUUUCGGUGUUCAUGCAGGGUCUUGCGGAUGGUCCCGUCAAGACUCACCUGUUCCGGCUUGAACUAGAUUCACUAGAACAAGCCAUUUCCAUUGCGGAGCAGGAAGACUUCAGUCUGAGACAGGCUCGCGCCAGCUCGACAUCAUAUCGUCAACCGAGACGAUAUGACAACGGAGGUCCAGAACCGAUGGAACUCUGUUAUGUAGAGAGCGAGAAGGCUCGCUCUACAGGCUACAAGAAGUUGCAGAGAUGCAACAGAUGUCAAAAGACAGGACACUAUGCUUACGAGUGUAGUGCCCCUCGUCCAGUGUCUCGCGACACUGGGCUUAACAACCGUCCACCCAUGAGAAAGGGGAAGGGACGAGGGUCCGCUGUUGGUGCAAAGACGCAACAACGGGAUGGACCGUCAAAAAACGGACAGGAUCAGUAG